AUGGAACAUGCGGCAAAUAAUGAAUAUGUAACAAAUAAUGAAUAUAUGACAAAUAACGAAUAUGCGGCAAAUAAUGAAUAUGUGGCAGACAAUAAAUAUGCGGCAGACAAUGAAUAUGUGACAAAUAAUGAAUAUGCAAAUAACAAUGAAAUUUCUAACGAUUUAGCCAGUGAAACUGGAUCGUCAUCUGUACAAACUGAGUCAUCAAAUAAUAAUAAUAGAGCGGGAAAACACAAAGGAGCAAGUUGCAGAUAUUGUGAUCAGAAGUGGACUCGAGGAAGAGCUUAUUAUAUGAAAUCUCAUCUUGCAAUAAAGUGUAAGAGGAAAAUACCUAGAGAAAUCCAGUUUAAAGUACUUCAGGAGCUUCAAAGUGAGCAUGUGUUAUCCGAAUUAGCAACUUCCAAAAAAAGAAAAUCAGUAUAUUCUCAGUUGCCCGUAGAUGCCUAUUACGAUGCAAAAGAAGCCAUUGACAAAGCUAAAGAAACAAGAGCUAACCAAUCACUAGUUAAAUGGAUUGUGAGCUCUAGUAUUUUAUUUUCUGCCUUUGACAAUCCUUACUUUGAAGAUUAUACCAAGGAAUUAAAUCCCGGUUAUAAUCCACCUAAGCAUGCCGCCUUAUCAACAUCAAUUUUAGAUGCAGAAGCAGCAAAUAUCAUAAUAAAAAUAGAACAGGAGCAAUGGAAAUAUGGAAGAAAAUAG